CACAGUUACCUACACCUUAUUUGAGAACAUCAAUGGCAGUGCACCUUACGAACUAUUCGCGCAUUGGCGAACAGCGCUCGAAGAGAUGUGCGUCCUCUGUGUGAGAGGGUAACUUAGAUGCGUUGCAGAAUCACUGUAGAAUCGGAGCGGCACCAUGCCCCAGGCAGAGUGAGCGGCCGUAGGCGGCGCCGUGUCUCGGCGAUGCGCCAAGCAUGACCGCGGCCUGCUGCAGCGCCACACGUCGCCGCGCCGCGGACACACUUAUGCUGUUGCUGCUCUUUUUACCAUUGCUGAAUGUAACAUCUGGAACCAAGGAGACAGAAGAGGAAGAUGUGUACAAAGUCUUACUACCAUCUAGUCAGACAUUCUUGAAAAAGCAUGUACAAGACAUAUCCAGUUACCAAGAUCCAAAGGCUGUGGAGAAAGAGAAUUUUGUUGCUGUCGUACAUCAAGCAGGAGUUACAUUUGUCCAUAAAAGAGCUAUAUCAAGCAGUGAACUGAAUUUAUCAGAGCUUAAUUCUGUACAGUCUAAUAAUGAGCACAGUGACAGUGAUUCCAGUAGGAAAGCAAGUGUCUUCCACGAACAAUUCAUUACUCCACUUUCUGCUGACCCAGAAAAACUAUUGAACCCAAAUAAGGAACACCCAAGUUUACAAGUUGUAAAUACUGCAGCAAUGCGGAAGAAUGUGUUUGAAACAAGUGUAAAUGCCCCAGUAUUAAAGAAAGUUGGAGACAAAAGUGUAUUUUUGUACAACCUAAAUUCGAACACAAAAAGUGAAAGAUUUAAGGAAGUGGACAGUGAAUUUCAGUAUGGUUUCCGAAACAGAAAUUCUCAUAGUUUGAAGAAGAACAAGAGGUCUGUCAUUACCCUUGGUGAUUCAGAAACUGUACAGACAGUGGACUGUGUGAACAGAUCAUCAGUAAAUAGCACUUGUGGAAAUGAUGGUAGGUUUAACUUUGUGCCUGGCAGUGAUGAUUCCAGCAGAACUGCAAGUAAUAUUCAACUGAACAAUACUUCCAGUGACAGAAAUCGUAAAAGCGUGAAAGACUUCAGCAUGUUUACGCAAUCAAGACUGACAUUGCCAUUUCAAAAAAAGAAGUUAGUUGAUAUUACAGAUAGCGGUAUGGGUUACAGAUCACCAUCAACUAUUGAUUCUUCUCAGAAACAUCAACCACCUUCAGGAAACAGCAGUGAAACCAGCGCAACUGCAGGCAGAUCAAUAAACAUAUCAUACUCGAUCCCCAGUGUGAAAUCAGCUGGAAGACUAUCAGCUACAACCAUCCCUCCUGAAGGUCUGGAUGCUGCAUCAAUAACAGGAAUUACUGUGGGAUUAGUUGUCUUCCUUGGCAUAGUAGGUGCCAUGUGCUUCAUUCUUUAUAAGCGGAGGAACCAAAACAAACCACAGACGCUGAGUGACAAAAGCAGCAACCCUGAUUCCAGUGUAUACAUCGAAGAAAGCUCUGAUGACUCAGAGGAAAUGUAUAGUUUAGAUAAUGAUUCUUUCUUGAAUAGUCUAGAAGCCAUGACUAUCCAGAACUACUGGACAGAAAAUGUCAAACAUACCAAACUAUAGGAGAGCUAUUACAUAUAUUAUUUAAUAGAAAAUAUGACAGAUUUUAGAUGUCUGUUUAGUAGACCAAAGAUGGUGGAAAAAUUGGACUGCUUUACAUGAAGGUUCCACUAGUUACAGUUUAGAUUCCUGGUAGUUGAAGAUGAGUGAAAUGCCUUUACCGGACUAUUAUGAACACUUUGUUGGGACUGAAGACUUCUGUGUUUGACCAAGGAAAGAGUACAAAUGACUGAAUAUAGUGAUCUUUUUAUGUAUUAAAUGAAAAAUCUCAUAUUGUAUUCUGUAAUUUUACCUAUUUUGACAUAAUUACAUUUCAUUAAAUUAAUCAUUAAAAGU